CGUAGAUUUCUUGAUUCAUAAUAAAACGAACAUAUGCCAAUGAUAAUGCUGCAUUAUCAGGUAAAGUUGACUCGUCCAGUUGUAUAGAGAAAUGUACGUAUUGUUGCUUAAGGGAAUUCUUUUAAUGAUAUCAGAUGCAGGUUUGUGUAAAACAGUUUUUAAAACCUCUUCAACGGCGGGCAAAAUUAACUUCUCUCCGAUAGUAUGCGUUUUUCCGGAUUUUGCUAUAAGUAACGAGAUAUUGUAAGACGCCCGCAAACCAUCAUCAUUUCUUUGUGACGUCGAAGCGAACAUUCUGUCCAGUGUAG